UUCCGAUGCAAAGGCAUCCACACUCUCUCAGAGUAUGCUUGUCUCUGUGUGUAUGUAUAUACUCUGUGCUUGCUUUAAGUCCAUAAAAACCCUAGUUACUCACUCGAUCACGACCUCGAAUCACAAGAAAAAUGGGAGGAGACGAGAAGCAACCAGCGACGGAAUCAAGGAACACAGCCUCGAAGGAUGUCGGAGACGAAACAUCUCUUACACUUGUUGUACAAGCCGACGACAACGACGCCAUUGAAGCGCCGAUUGUGACGUCUUACAAUGUUCGAAUCAGACCGUUGCUUGACACGGUCGACAGGCUGAGGAACCUCAACGUGAUGAAAGAAGGGAUCCAGCUUCCGACCAUUGUUGUUGUCGGAGACGUCUUCUGGGAAGUCCAGUCUUCUGGGAAGUCCAGCGUUCUGGAGUCCUUGGCGGGAAUCAGUUUGCCCCGUGGACAAGGGAUCUGCACGAGGGUUCCUCUUGUGAUGAGGCUUCAGCGAAGUCUGAACCCUGAACCUGAGAUUUGGUUGGAGUUUGGUGACAGAGUUGUUCCUACAACAGAAGAAUAUGAUGCAGAGGCUAUUGUUGCUGCAACCGAUGAAAUCGCCGGUACGCUUCUUGAUCCUUUUUUUAGCUUCUUACAGUGCGAUACUUUCUGCAAAACACGCAAACCAUAAAGGAACAAGUUCAUGAAAGUAGCAAAUGAACUCUGAAAAGGAUCUUGGCUAG